AUGGCUCUGCAUCUACUCGAAGCUACUCUAACACAAGGUCCAUCUUGUUCAGCUGAUGAUAUAGCUGAACUUGAAGUUCACGUACGAAAUGAAAUCGAACGUUAUGUACAAUUAGAAAUCGACCGAGAACUCCAUGAACUUGUUCAAUCGACAGUACAUGAUGCAUUAUUAACACCGACAAUAUGUUCAACCUAUCUAUCAAACGGAGAACUUAAUCAGGAAACAUCUAAAAAACGAAUUAAAGUUGAUAGUGACGUAGCGAAAGCUAGUGCAAAAACGAAUAUGGAACUUGAUCAACAAUUAACAGAAUUAAAAAAUAAAUAUUUAACCAAAAUUUCUGGACCCUUAUCAACAUUAGAAGCUUUAAAGCUUAUUGUUGAUAAACAAACAAAUGAAAAAAUUCAAUUAGAAAAUGAAAUAGUUAAAUUGAAACAACUAUAUAAUGAAUACAAUCAAUAUGAUGAGCAUUCAAUGAAACUGUUAGAAAAUAUUAAAAUUCUUAAUCAUACACAAUUAGCUGUUUCAAAACAUGAAUCAUUAUUAGAUCUAAAUAAUAAAACGGAUACUACUCAUGAUGAAAAUAUUGAUAUCGAUCAAUUCGAACAAUUGUCAACUUUACUAUUACAUAAAAUACUUAAUCUACCUUUGAUUGAUAUGAAAGCAAAGCAUUUACAUAAACCAGAGCAAAAAUAA